AUGACAGGUCAGGAGGAGCCUCCACCAAAUUCCAGAGGACUGGAGGUUCAUAAGCCACAUUCCUCGUCCCUGUCCCACUGCUGGAUGGAUGAGCCCGAGAUGGGGGGCGCCCAGACACCCUCCGGCUCAGACAUGCUGCCGCUGCUGCUGCACCUCAGUGCUUCUAGCCCUGUUCACGGCUUCUGGUUCCGGGAAGGGGCCAAAGUAGACUCGGAUGCCCCGGUGGCCACAAACAAAUUAGAUCGUCAAGUUCAGGAGGAGACCCAGGGCCGAUUCCACCUCCUUGGGGACCCUAGGAACAACAAGUGCUCCCUGGAGAUCAGAGACGCCAGGAAGAGCGACAGCGGUUCCUACUUUUUUCGUGUGGAAAAAGGAAGUAUCAAAUGGGGUUACACGUCUGAGCAGUUCGUCUUGAAUGUGACAGCCCUCACCCACCAGCCCCACAUCCUCAUCCCAGGGGCCCUGGAGCCCGGCCGCCCCGGGAACCUGACCUGCUCCGUGCCCUGGGCCUGCGAGCGGGCCACGCCCCCCAUCUUCUCCUGGACGUCAGCUGCCCCCAGCUCCCUGGGCCCCAGGACCCCCUUCUUGUCAGUGCUCACCCUCACCCCACGGCCCCAGGACCAUGGAACCAGGCUCACCUGCCAGGUGAAGUUCCCCAGAAGCGGGGCGAUGGUGGAGCGGACCAUCCUGCUCAAUGUCACCGGGGAAUCGGGGACGGGGGCAGGAGUGACCGAGGGGGCCAUCGCGGGAGCUGGUGUCACCAUGCUGCUUGUUCUCUGCUUCGGCCUCAUCUUCUUCGUAGUGAAGACCUACAGGAAGAAGGUAGCCAAGACUGCAGUGGACAUGGAGGACAUCUACUCGGCUGCAAAGCCAGCUUCCUUGGAUAGCCAGCAGGAAUCCAAGUCGGAGGAAUCUUCUGGCCCCACAAGUUACACAGGGGCCACCCCCUCUUUGGAGUUGGAGCAGGAGUUGCAUUAUUCCUCCAUCAUCUUCCGUGGGGAGAAACCUCGGAAGAGUCCUCAAUCGGAAUAUGCGGAGAUCAGGACCAAGUGAGGCACCAGAGGCAGUAUGAGCCUCAGCGUCGGGACAUCCAUAUCCUCCGCAGGAAGGAGGACCCACAGGCUAAUUCUUGGAGACCUAAUAUCCCCAUCAGCAGUGGGUUCAUGAACUACUGCCUGAACGUUUCCUGCUAUAUGUCUUAGGCUUUGCAAUCACAGAGACCUGGGAUCACAUCCAUGCUCUUUCAUUUAUUAAGAAAGUAGCAUCUUGUGACCCAACUACCCUGACCCCCAUCCACCAUGCCUUGGUUUCCUACUUUGGUAAAACAGACAUGAGAA